AAAAAAAAUAGUUUAUAGAUGUCAGCAAUUUCAGGAAUGUUUUAUUAUCGAUAUACGCAAUCGAGAUACGCGCUUCCGACUAAUAGUUUCGAGAGCGCAUUCGAACCUCAAAUUAUAGUUGUAAAAAAAUGUAAAAAAAAAAACGCAAGCAAAAAAUGAAUUGUAUAUAUAACCGAUAUGUGUUUGGCAAAUACCGCAACGGUGAGACAAAAGCGGGAACAAUGGAGUAAAAUUGUUGAAAAUAGAUGUACACUCUAAGCGUGUAAACAAUGGCAUCUACGGUCCUUUUACAACUCGAAGGGUUCCCACUUAUGUUGCUCGAAAUUGCCGCGGAAAACUUGUUCGUUCCCCGGACGUCGACGUUCGAUGAAAUUACAUUGAAAAAAACCAAAAUCAUGUUUCGCAUACUGGACUACGAAUGGAUAUCGUUGCUGCCGAAUCAAUCCGAUCGUCAUUCCCAUCGCGGCAACAGUGAACAACUCGAAAAGUUUUGUAGCGGCGCGUCCGUUGUUUUUCCCGUCCCGGCAAACUUCCACGAAAAAGAGGCUAGUGGCGUCGACGUUCAGCUCUGCGUGCACAAGGAAACCAGCGAGUAUUUCAAAAUGGACCGAUUCCAUAAAGUCGGUUUCAUCACCGUGCCCGUCGACGAUCUUCUGAACGACAUCGCGCGGCAACUCCGCGAGCGGAACAAAUGGGCGGAACACUUGUCGGACUUCUAUAACCAGCAGAUUAUCUCGAGGUCCACAAGUGGAACGUAUACUCUGCUGGACGGGGACUUCCAGGAGACCAAAGCUACAAUUUCGCUCCGCAUCCGAAUCAGUUAUCUCGACAAAUGCGUCAUGACGGAAAUAAUCUCGAGCGAAAUUAUAUCCAAACCGUCCGAGUCUUGCAUGCAGUUGGAGAACGAGGUUGUAGAACAGGAAGACGGGAACGAGAACAAAGACGAAGGCGCUUAUUCUUAGACGAAUGCCUCAGACUUAACUUCUAACUGAUUUAGUUGUUCGGGUGCGGAUUUUCUCUUGAAAAUUUCUUAUCUUUGAAAAGCGCGAAAAAUCCAGGUUUAUUAAAAAGAAUUUACUUCCUAAUAAAAAGAAACUGCAUUUUGUUAAAAGAGAAAAUGCAGUUACGUUUACAUCGCGCCAAAACAGUUUCGUUUUUCGACGAUUGGACAUGUAUUUUAUUCACGAAAAACGUGUGUUUUAUAUACAAAACAAACACGCGAUAAAAACACGCGUUUGUCGUUGAUGAAAGACUUUCAAACAGAGAAUGAUUCGUUUAUUCUCGCGAAUAUUCAACACGCGAGAGCGAAGGGCCGGGUAAUUAAUUAAAAAAAUAGCAGGCAAGCGUGCAUUUUCCCCCCGACCGUUUAAUUCUGUUGAAGAGCCUUUCAUUGAACUCUUAUCAUCAAACUCUGCACAUUUAAUACGAUAUUAAUUCGAAAUAAAAGUACGUUCGAAUUCUAAUUGUCAGUUUUAGUCGGGGGUUGGGGAAGGAGAACGUGUCCUCGACACAAAAACAAAAAACAAUGUUUUUUUUCUUUUAUAAUUCUGCAACAAAUAUUUCUCGAACAACAAAGUUAUUAUCGCGCGAGGAAAUCGGACAUGGGAAAAAUUAAACAACUUUAUCUGAUAUCGCGAGAGAAUGUUGAAUAACGCGCGUACCCCCCUGUCGCGCACCAAAAAAGGAGAUAUGUGAGAAAAAUACGAGAUUUCUUUUCUGCGCACAUGUCAAAGCGAAUGGCUGCCGCGAGAGCGAAAGCGAAAGGACACACGAUAAAGGACAACGGAACGGCUUUCAGAAAAGCGUUCUCCAACGUCGAGCAAAUCGAAGAAACACGACAACAAUCGGUAUCACGGAAAGAGGAAAGAGAAGACGUUCUUCUCCGCCUUCUCUUUCGU